UAAUCUGUGUUCGACAUGGGCACAUAAUCUAUAGGAGGCAGAAUUCUUGCUGGUUGGUAGGGGAUCAAAUACUUAUUUUCAUUGUUUGAUUUAAAUUAAAUUAAGAUUGUAUCAUCAUGCAUCAUUGAAACAUCUAUGUGAUCUCAUGCUUGUGCACCUUGUAUGUCACUACAAGUAUUUUUUUCUCUCAGUUUAUGGACAUCCCCGUUUAAAAAUCCGUAUUGUGGGUGGAGUUGAUGCGCCUGAGGGGGCGUGGCCAUGGCAGGUCAGUCUUCACAGCCCCAAAUAUGAAGGUCAUUUUUGCGGAGGUUCCCUCAUCAGCAGUGAAUGGGUGCUCUCGGCUGCUCACUGUUUCGCUAGAGUCAGCACAUCCAACCUGCUUGUGUACUUGGGAAGGAGGACACAGCAGGGAGUUCAUGACCAUGAAAUCAGCAGUAGAGUCAGUACACUUGUCAUACACCCGUCCUACAACAGCGACAACUACAACAAUGACAUCGCUCUCCUGCAACUGUCCUCUUCAGUCAACUUUACUAACUAUAUCAGACCAGUGUGUCUAGCAGCGGAAAACAGCAUCUUCCCUUCCGGCACCAGCAGCUGGAUCACAGGCUGGGGACAAACUGCAGCUGGAGUGAAUUUGUCUUAUCCUGGGACUCUGCAGGAGACUGUGGUUCCAGUGGUAAUUAAUUCUCAGUGUAAUGAUCUGCUGGGUGCCGGAGUCAUUACAGACAACAUGAUGUGUGCUGGUUUACUGCAGGGAGGCAAAGACACCUGCCAGGGGGAUUCUGGUGGUCCACUGGUGAGUCAGCAGUGUUCAGUGUGGGUUCAGUCUGGUAUCAUCAGUAGGGGUCACGACUGUGGUCAGCCCAAUGAACCUGGUGUGUACACCCGCGUGUCACAAUAUCAGCAAUGGAUCACGACCUCCACUGGCCAGAGCCUCCCAGGAUUCGUCACCUUCAACCCCCUACAGUCAUGCUCUACUGCCAGUCAGGGUAAAACCUAUAGGCCAAAAGCACGUAUUCACAAUAUCAACGUACAGCAUAUUACAGACAUCACAAUUUUUGUAGUUAUUUUGUUGCUGUUUAUUGUAUAGUGAUACAUUGGGUUUUGUAAAAGAGCAAACUUUAUCCUAUAAAAGCAAAGUAAAAUCUACACUUCAUAAUAUUCAAAAUGAGUAUAUUAUUACAAAUUGUAGUCGGUUACUGAGAAUAAUGUGUAAUCAUGUAAUCAAUAAAAAAGUAUUUUAAAACAUAAUAUAUAAUUAAUUACUUAAUUUUUGGAAUCUGAUUACGUAAUCCAGAUUAAAUGUAAUCAGUUACUACCCAGCACUGUUAAUAAGUAUAUAAAUAUUUGUGCAAUUAAUCUCAUCUUACUGAAUAACUAAAUCAGUUAUUCACCAAAAGUACUCUCAAUAUUUGU